GGGUGGGGUCGGAGACGCCGUGAGUGUGCAGCGCGUUAUCUGGAGUAGAGCAGAAAAAUUAUUAUGCCUGUGUUCCCUUGGGACUCGUUGGAAAUUGUACAGUGACAUCUUCUGGGAUUUAGGCUGAAUGAAGUAUCAGAGAAACACUUCCCGCCUGUAGCUGCCUGUCAGGUUAGGAGUGUGCAGACUGGUGCCUAAAAUGGAAGUAGAUGUUAAUGGAGAGUCCAGAAGUACCCUGACCACCCUGCCCUUGCCCGUGGCCGAGGUGAGCUCCCCGGGAAAGGCAGAGGUGGAGAAGCCCCGCUGUUCCAGCACUCCGUGCUCGCCGAUGCGCCGGACUGUGUCAGGCUACCAGAUCCUCCACAUGGACUCUAACUAUUUGGUUGGCUUCACGACUGGUGAGGAACUCCUGAAGUUAGCCCAGAAGUGCACAGGAGGUGAAGAGAGUAAGGGAGAAGCUGUGCCUUCCUUGCGCUCCAAACAGCUGGAUGCAGGACUUGCCCGUUCCUCUCGUUUGUAUAAAACCAGAAGUAGGUACUACCAGCCAUACGAGAUUCCAGCUGUCAAUGGCAGGAGGCGAAGGCGGAUGCCCAGCUCAGGAGACAAGUGCACUAAAUCUUUACCUUAUGAACCUUAUAAGGCCCUCCAUGGGCCUCUGCCUCUCUGUCUUCUUAAAGGUAAGAGGGCUCACUCCAAAUCUCUGGACUACCUCAAUCUAGAUAAAAUGAACAUCAAGGAGCCAGCUGACACAGAAGUGCUACAGUACCAGCUUCAACACCUGACCCUCAGAGGGGACCGUGUGUUUGCUAGGAAUAAUACAUGAGUGACUUGCAGAGGAUGUAAACCAGUUUAGGUCAGCCUACACUUGGCUAGAAAAUUCCACUGUUGUACUCUGUACAGGACUCUUUACAUUAUAGAUGGUUAAAUCAGCUAAGUGUUCCUGGAACAUAAAAAUUGGAUCAAAUUUUGAAUACAGGAAUGAAAUCACAGGUACUUGAGGUGAAAUCAUUCUAGAGCACGCAACUGCAAGGAAAACAGAAUGUUGACCAUUAGUUUGUAUUGCUUUUUAGCUGGGAAAAAAAGGCUUUGGUACAGUAAUAUCGUCUUUAAAAUUCUGAUACUCAAAUUGGAAAUGUUAUCUGCUUGGUUGUUGCUGACUUGGUAUGAUUCAUUAGAAAUUUAUAUCUUAAGUACUCAAGUACUUCUUUAAUCUCUGUACUUUACUAUUAAAUAUAUGUAAUGAUUUGUUUUAUGAAAUUUAGAACUUGAAGAUUGCUAAAUUGGACCACGUUUUAUUUUUAAAUAUUGAGUUUAAAUAUUUUAUAACUGGUUUUGCACUGAAAAAAAUUAACAUUUCAAAUUGACAAGAGAAUAAUCUUUCUUCACUUGCUUCAAUAAUAUUAUUGAGCAGUGAAUUUUUUAUUUCCGCAUGGAAAGUUAUUGAUCUCUAUGGCUGUAAAAUAUUUCUUUAUAGCGUUAUUAAAGUGUGUCUUAAUAAAAUUAAAUUUGGGAUACAAAGUAUUUAUUUUACAAUGGGUGGGGGGAAACUUUACAGGAAAGUUUCCAAUAUGAAGUUUUCAUAAGUUGAAAAAGUUUCCUUAGUGCUUAUUUUCUAAUUUAAAAUUCAUCUGGAACUUUAAAAUGGAAAAGAUUCUUUAAAUUGUGGAUUAUAGGCAUAAUACUGAUUGCAUCUGAAUGUUCUGUAAGUGAAUGGAACUCUAAUAGAGGAACUCAUGAUUUCUACUCUCAAAUGCUUAAACUAAGUAUGAAGUGAUACCAUUCAGCAUGGCAUCGGGUCAUUUCAGUUUUAGUUCUGUGCAGCACAGGCACUCAUUGAAAUUCCACUUUCUAGGAUUAGUGCAGGAGCCUAAAGUGCUUCUACAGUUUUAAUGGGUUAAUCCUGGAUUACUUAACAAUUUAUGUCAAUUGCACUGGUUUAAUUUGUUGCUAAAGAAAUAAUGCCCUGGCUUUAGUAACAAAUACAGCUCAACUAUUCUUGAACAUAUUUUGAAAAAAAAAAUGUAUGUAAUGUACCUUUUGUAAAAGUUUCUAUUUCUUUUUUUCUUUUUUGACUCUUGAAGGUGCAAUUUAUUACUGAAUUGGUAUUUCUGGCAGCAUAGACCUCCUUAUUUUAAAUUUUAUUUUGGGGGCUGUGAGUUUCUAAGGUGUUAGCAAUCUUGCUUAUUAAAUAAGAACACCUUUUAAUUAAAUGAGUGGGUCAUUCCUGGUGCAGAUGUGACUUUUCUUUGGCCAGAAUGAAUGACAAACUAUUUAGAGCAGAAUAAGUAUUAGAAAACCCUAGGAACUCUUAAUCAACGUUGAUUAUACUUCCACUGAGGCAAAUCAUGUGAAAGAGCUUCAGGGAAGUUGGCCCAUAUCUUACUGAGUUGAUCAGAUUUCUUGGUGGGCUGGAAAUUUUCAGCUAUUUUACAUUUUAAAGUAAAUUGCACCUUUGUAACAUAUUGUAUUGACGAAUGAUCACUAAGAUUAACUAUAUCUAUACAGUCAUUAGUUUGACAAGAAAUAGAAUCCUGUCAGAUGCCAAAGAGUUGGGAUUUUUACGUUUAAUGAUUAAACACCAUUAUUUAUUGAUGACUUACCCUGUGGAACUGUAUUAUUUCUAACUAUGAAAUAAAAGGGUGAUAUAAACACA